UAUUCUGAAAGAAAAGACUUCGUCUGCUUCAAAGAAAUCAUUCGUUAGCAGACAAGAAGUCAUGCGGGUUUUGCAAUACUUUGCGCUCUUUUUAGCACUGUGCUUAGCAGAAGGCUCCCACUUUCGUGGUGGGUAUAUGACAUGGAGCCUUGACCAAACAAAUAACAUGACAUACCCUUCGAACCCAUAUUCCAGCCUAGUCAAGGUUAACAUCAAAUAUGGAGUAUCAUGGAGGAGGAGUGACGGUCAGUCCCACUGCACAAAUGCAUCGAUAACGAACUGCCAGCUCUUCCAACACGGGCACUACACCUUAAGCUAUGGUUUCGAUGGCUAUAACUUUCCACAUUUAAUGCAAUCAACGUCUGCUGCAUUUUUUUGUGAAAGAUUCAACACCGAAUACGAUUUUACUAUCGGAUCUAAUACACGCACGAUCUACCUGAAUAAGAAUUAUGCAUACAAAUUACAAUCUUCAUCUUGCUGCUGGGUCUCGGGUUGGUUUUAGAUCCAAGUUCGUCAUGGAGCUUUGAAACUGUCAUUUCCUUAAAGAAACGCGGAUCCUAUUUAAGCAAUUCUAACAAGGUCAAUACACCACCUCAGGUCGAUUUCCUUCCCAUGAUACAGCAUUACAGAUACUCCAAUAGGAGCUACAUGUUACCCGUAUCUGAUCCCGAUGGAGACAUGGUUCGAUGCCGAUAUGCUGCCAAUUCCACUGAAGGUGGAGGUGUAUACCAUUCCCGUAUACCUUACUCUACUUUACAUACGAACUGCACGCUGUCAAUUUCAUCAUACAACUCAAAUGGCUGGUACGCCUUGGCUAUAAUGGUGGAAGAUUUUGCAUACAGCUUUGGAUCUGGUCAAUACGAGCGACAAAGCAGCAUUCCAUUGCAAUUUAUGGUGUACAUUUACUCUACCCGGGAAACCACCAUGUAUGGCAAUGACACGACGACAGACUGCUCUGUUAACAACACUUCAGCUGUUGCAACAACAUCUGUUCAACCUAGCACUUCUGUGACAUUCCAAACUUCUGCAACCCCAGCAUAUUCCGCGUGGCAGUCCGCUAUGCCCCAGACUACCUCUCGCAUCCAAGCCUUAGAUGGGUGCAAAUAUUACCAGGUGCUAUCAAAUAAUGACCGUGCUGCGACUUUCAGCGACUGGAGUUCGUAUCGAUGUGACAAAGAACUAUUUGGCUGGUAUCGGUUCAUGGGUAAUGCAGGCAACAGAAUGAUGAAUUCUUGUCCAAAAAAUCUUGGUGGCUCUGUAUACAGAUGUGGUUCGUAUUAUCAAGGAUGGAUUCAAAAUGGAGCAUUGCCCUCAGUAUCUGAUGGUGUUGUUGCCAGAUAUGUUUGCUUUUCUCCACAUUAUUCCUGUUCUUGCUCCUCCACAAAGUCAAUCAUGAUCAGGAACUGCGGCACUUUCCAUGUGUACUGGCUGGAUAGUGUUCCAAUGUGCAACUCGAGAUAUUGUGGAAUUAAAGACAAAAGCUCCGUCGUGUCCUGCACUCAAAACUAUAUGAGGAUCGACUUUGAUCGAGCCUUCUACGAUACAUCCCUGUUUUCAAGCAUAACAUUGCGAGAUACCUCCUGUUCAGCAUCCAUUAGCAGCUACAACAUCAUACUUGGUAGUGUACCAGGCGCAUGUGGGUCAACUAGAAGUGAGACGUCGAGUUACAUUGUGUACGAGAAUGAAGUCAUUUUCAAACCUAAAGCUAUCUCUGGUAUAAUAAUAAGGGAUCCUGACCAGAGAGUGAAAUUUACUUGCUAUUUUGAGAAAAAUGCCUAUGUAUCCUCAUACAGGUAUUUACCCAUAUCCAAUGUCACUGGAUCUGAAGUUGGAUAUGGAAACUUCAGUUUCAAUUUUGUCAUGUACACUGACCAUACUUAUUCAACGAUGCAUUCCCAUUACCCUGUGAGUGUUCAGCUGAGAGACUGGAUGCACUUUGAAGUCUACUCGAGUAAUUCUGACAACAACACAGUCAUACUCAUCGAUCAAUGCUUUUCCACGCCAACUAUGGAUAGGAACCACUACAUGAAAUACGUCUUCAUCAACAACAGAUGCCCUAACGACAACACUGUCCAGUUUCACAAGACGCAAAACCACCGUCAACGCUUUAGUAUUCAGUCGUUCAAAUUUCUAAAUAACAGCACAUCUGUAUAUUUCCACUGCCUCGUUUUCCUGUGCCAUUCCACGUCAACGGAUUAUCGCUGCCGAUACGGGUGCACUGGCAAUAACAUUUUCAGAGGAAAGCGAGACCUGAGCGGUGUCUCAAACGAUCCUCCUUCAAAAUUUUACAUGGUAGAGAGGGAGGUUCGCAGAGCUGCUGGUAGCAGCCAAGACAAAGCACAAAAAGGGCAUGAAGAUAAAACGACAGCUUUCGUUGGCAUGGGUGUUGCUGUUGCUGUACUGGUCGCGGUUGUCGCUGGGCUUGCGUUCAAGGUCGCACAUAUGAAAAAGUCUGCCAAGGUCGCCCCUAGGCCAGAGAAAGACAAUCGUUAUGCAGGUAGCCAAGAGGAUUUGCCCCCUGAACAGCACAAAGAUGACGGUCAUUUGUAUGAUGACGCAGAAAUGCAAAACAUCGGUGUCAUCAGCAAAGAACAACAAGCAGAGUUUUUCAAGGACAACGCUUUUUGCUCUUAAUCAAAUGGUUGGUAAUCCAGCGUUUGAUUGCGAACAUUGUUUCUAGAUAGGCUUUUGAAGAACAUUGUAUGUAGCGUGUCUACGAGGUCAUCUAGACGCACUGGAGAUUAUUUUUUACUCUUUUUGGUGUAUGUUUUUAGCUGAAUAGUCGCUUGUCCAUGGAGCUACGUUAUUUUGCUCCCAACGUCUCCAGGAGUAUUUUUUGUAAUUUGUUUGGCGUUUCGAUUGCGUUGAAUUUAGGAAGGGUUGAGAAAGCUUGGCAAAAGUGCAAAAUAUCCGCAGAUCCUAUCGACUUUGGCUAGUUUUGAGACCAAUCAAACUGAAAUUAUGGAGAUAUAUUUGCUUUUACUUCAUCAAUUGGCUAUAGUAAUACGAGUGAAGCUGAUCUGCUGUAAAAAAGUCAUUGAUAAGCUUAAAAAUACCUUGUGUUAGGUGAAAAGGUCUCAAAUAUUUUAAUCCAAACCUCGUUUUGAAAUAUCUAAAUAUCGUUUUAAUUUUAGAUAUUAUUUCCAAUUUUUGGAUUUUGGAUUUCCAAUUUUUUCUUGAUUAAGUUUUAAUACAUUGUUUGCUUGCUUAUUAAGUCAUAAAUAUUAACAUUG